ACAAAAAUUGAAAGAAGCGCCAUUGGAUUAUUUGUGCAUUUUUCAAGUGAUUUUAAUAUUUAUGGACUGUUUAUUGUGACCAAAUAGUUUCUAAAUUGUAGUUUGAAAUUUAAACUUUCAUUACACUUUUAGUAACGUGCUAAUUAGUCACCGUCUUGCUAUAUAAUCUUCAUUAAAAGAUUUCCCAGUUUGUUUUUAACCGUGGAUAUUUGUGGAAGAAAUUGAAAGGAUUUGACAAUGUAAAAUGGCGGCGUCUUUUGAACUCGUAAAUGUUUUGGUUUUAUUCACUAUUUUUCAUGUAUAGAAAAUGGUUUUGAAUGUUUUUGUGAUCUGAAAAAGCCAGUAUAUACGUACAACAAUGGAACACCAUUUGGAAGAAUCUCUCAACUUGGAGAGCACCAUGAGAGUAGACUUUGAUCAACCAGAAGAAACAGUGUGCCACCAAAGUGAUAUUAUUCUUGACAAUGCAGUUCAAGAGGAUAUUCAAAUGGAAUUUGAGCAUACAGAAGAGCAACCAAUACUCAUGGAUACAGGAAGUGAAGAAAUAAUAAUUUCUGAUUUAAUUGGAGGUCAGUUCAAUUUGCAAGAUUUGCAAAAUGAUCAAAGUGAUCUACCUGUACUGAGUCAGCCGGAGCAAACCUACAAUGUAGUAACCCAAUCUGACACAAUGCUGGACCUUCAGUUAAAUCCACAAAUUGUCACAACGGCAACUGAUCAACCACAGAAGAGGGUUAUAAGAGUGCAGACAUCUCCAAAGAAGACUGUCACUUCUAUUCCACGGCAAGUGGCUAUAGCACCUAAACCUCCAAACUUUAUCAAGACUGCUCAAGGGAAGCAGUUUGCUAUAGCUCCAAAACCAGUCUCUUUGAUAGCGAAUAAAAAUAUGAUAAAAAAGAUGUCUAUAGCAAACACUGUGCAUGGAAGUAAUGCUGGAAAAGCUGUUCUAGCACAUAUUGGCAAGCAAAUUGUUAUGGUGCCUACAAAUGCUCAAAAAAUAAAAUUAGUGUCUGCAUCUCAAAGCAAUGUGACUUCGCUCCAACAGUUAGUGAGAUCUGAUGGCAGCCAGGCUCAAAUUUUACCUUCAAAACUUGCAAAUGUGACACAAGGAAAACCAAUGAAGCUUAUAGCGCUGCAGGGACAACCUAAUGUGGAUCUAAAUAGUCCAGCCAUGAUAACGAAGUUAGUACCGGCCGGUGGUAAAAUGCAACAGGCGCGGUAUGUCACCGUGCAGACACACAAAUCCAUGCCUUUGGCUGUUGGGAAUAAGGUAAUAAUGGCGUCACCAACAAAGCAGGGAGUGAAAUAUGCGAAAAAGCAAGAAAUGAUAGCUAUCAAGCCUAUGCCAAUGUUGCUACCUAAAGGAGCAACUCCGGUGUCAACUGCCAAUAAAGUUGUAGUCAAUGCAAAUCCCUCACAGAAUGUCAUCUUGAAAACUACAGCACCCACUACUCAGGCAGUAAAAGACAAUCCAGCAGAGCCAUCACGCACACAAAUACAUCAAAUAAACGUACCUGGCAAGGGUAUUCAAUACAUUCGCCUUGUAACGAACUCGUCCUCGGCGCCGGCUAAAGCGGUGCUGAAACAGCCGCAGAAACUCAUCACUGUACCGUCGAAAGGAAAUCUGAUGAUGUUGGCCGAUAAUAAAGGUGUUGUGAUAAAAUCUCAACCAAAGUUGGUGAGAAUAGCGCCCGUGGGAAAAAUUCCAAUACCGGUGACCCAACCAUCGCGUUCAUCGCAGAGCCUCCUAGCGCCGAUAUCUCCAAACAAAACGUUGAUAGAGAUGAGCGAGGACAACCAGCCGCACAUAUACAGCGACGCGCAGGAAGCCGAGAUCGACUCGAAGGAGGCGCUGAGGGCGUUGAUCGAAAACAGUAUGGGAGACGACGCUGGCGUCAACCAUGAGGUCACUAUGGAGUUUAAAAAACGAGUGAGUUCGGAAGAAGAGAACACAGCAGAUAGUAUGGAUCAAAUGGAUUCCAGCGUCCGAUCGGAAGAACACCCGCUCAUUGUGAUACCGUCCAACUUUGAGCACAUAGUUGAGGUGCAGAGCGACUAUAAUAAAUCUACCGAGUCUGAAAAUAGCAUAUCAAUGAUAAAACGUGAACAAGACUCCAUGAAUACAUUUGAAUCAAUGAACAAUGAACAAUCGUAUUCUGAGCAUGAAUUAGAGGCUACGGACCUAGGGCUGCGGCCGCGCAAAGCGUGCAACUGCACCAAGUCGCAGUGCCUCAAGUUAUAUUGCGACUGUUUCGCGAACGGAGAGUUCUGCAACCAGUGCAAUUGUAAUAAUUGUCAUAAUAACUUGGAGAAUGAGGAACUGAGGCAGAAGGCGAUACGGGGAUGUCUAGAUAGAAAUCCACACGCAUUCAAGCCAAAGAUUGGUAAAACAAAAGCAGGCGGGCCUGACAUCGUCAGGCGGCACAAUAAAGGUUGUAACUGCAAGAGGAGUGGCUGUUUAAAGAAUUACUGUGAAUGCUACGAGGCCCGCAUAGCGUGCACGGCGAUGUGCAAGUGCGUGGGGUGCCGCAACGUGACGGACUGCCUGGAGCACGGCCGCCUGGAGCGCCAGCGCGCGCCGCCGCCCGCCGCGCGCGCCCUCGCCGCCGACAAGCAACCAUGCAGCUUCAUGACGAGUGAAGUGAUAGAAGCGGUGUGCCAGUGCCUCGUGGCCGCUGCGGCGGAAGGCGAGGGGGUGCCGGGGGGCCGCGGGGGUGACGGGGUUGCGGGGGGUCGGGGGGAGGACGCGGACGAGCCGGACCCCGUGCGUGACGUCAUCGAGGAGUUCGCUAGGUGCCUGCAGGAUAUAAUUAGCGCGUCACAAUACACACAACAGGAGGAGGGUUUGGCGUGACAUUAGCAUUAAUUAUAUCGUCGGGCCGGUGCGGUGAUUGUAAUUUAAUAGGCAGUGAUAAUAUAUUAGCUAAAUGAAUAUAAUUGAACGGUUGUUGUUCGAAUCGUUUAGACGAAGGCUAAACGCAGUUGUUGAUUUUCACUCUCGUUGUGAUAUUUUAUAUUGUUGAUGUAUAACUCUUGUAAAGACAAUAUUAUUUUAUAAAGACUGUUGACAUUAAUCCAGAAUUUUAGAUGGAAUUCUUUGCAAAUGGAAUUUAUCAUGAAUUAUUCGUAAGGGCUAAUUAGGAAUUGUAUAGUUACAUAUUAAAUUGUAUAUAUUAGAGUUUAUUUUACUAGUCAUAAGCUUAACGAAAGGCAAUGUGUAUAUAGUAAUAUAAUAAAAUGCAAUAUAAUUU